UCAGAACGGACGUUCAGAGGACUGACAUGGGUAGUUGAAUCGUUUAGGUUUUCAUCAGAAUUAUAGACGUCCGUCUUGGGACGGACGUUGAUAAAAUUAUAGACGUCAGCGCCAUCUUAACGGACGUGUAAAGCCCCGCGAAAUUCAAUUUUAAAUUCAUUACAACGUCAUAUUAGUGGUGGGCCGGACGUCUAUAAUAUUAUAGACGUCCGGCCCACGUGGGACGGACGUCUAUGAUCAUUAAAAUGGGAAGCGCGAACCGAGACCAUUCACUGUUCGUCUUCUUCCCCGCCGUUCGCGACUCUGCUGCUGCGCCAUUGAUAUUCGAGAUUCUUGCGUGUUCUUGGGCGACUUCCUUGACUCUUUUUGGACUGCGUGUUAGGCCGUUUACUCCUCCACUUCCCUCCUUCUCAUUUGGAAUCUACUUUUCAGGUCUCACUGGCAGCUGAUGGUUAUCAUUCCCAAACAAUGUAAAAUUAUAUGGUUUUGUUCGUUGCACAGGAAGAUGAAAAAUGACUUGAGAACCAUGCUUCAAGGAGUUAUUGGUAAAUCUCGUGGUCAAUUGGUUCAAAUUUUGUAUCCAAAGUGUAACCAGCAGGUAGAUUCAUGGGAAUGUGGCUUCUAUGUGAUGUGUUGGAUUAAGACCAUCAUUCGAGCUGUCAUUACAGAUGACUGGAAUGAGCGCUUCAAGACUACAUCGCCUAUUGCAGAGGACACAAUUAACCAGAUAAGGCAGGAGUGGACCGCUUAUCUUUUACAAAGAUGGAGUUAGGAAUAGUUAUAUUUCUUCUUGAUUGAACAUUGUUUGGUUUUAGUUUUAUUUUUAUGUUAAUAGUUUGGUAGUGGAUUGAACAUUAAGUAGAAUUUUGUUUAUAUAAAACGCAUAUUUAUGUUAUUGGAGAAUUGUUCUGGGACAUUUUUCUGU